AUGGAGACCGAGGUGUCCGAAGCAAGCGACCGGCUUUCGGUGGAAGACAACCCCUUUUCGAUGGAAGGCAGCCUCUUUUCCAUGGAGGGCAACUUCCUGACUCUGGAACCCGACCUGUACGACUCGGACAGCGACGACGUCCCGGACCCCGGGCUGCUGGAGGAGAAGGAGCUGUCCUUCUCGAAGCUGGCCCCGCACCUCUUCAUGCGGGGCGCCUGGAGGAAGACCUCCACCCCCAAGGCCCGCGCCCGCCAGCUGUGGAGGCUGCUGCGCCGAAGCCGGCACAGCUUCCUGGAGAAGGAGAAGAAGUCCCAGAUGCGCGUGGCCCGCCUGACGCACGGCCUGGAGCCGCUGCGCCGCCUGCAGGUGGCGGCCGGGCUGUGCUCGGUGGCGCAGGACCCGGUGGGGAGGCGCUUCGUGGUGCUGGACGGGGCGGGCUGCCUGCACCUGCACCAGCAGGACGGCUGGGGGCUCGGCACGCUGCAGGCCCCCGUGGCGCUCACGGGGCUGGCGGCCGUGCCGGGCCCGCUGGGCUCCGUGAGCCGCUUCGUGGGCUGGGGCCCCGCGGGGCUGGCCCUCCUGAAGCCGGACCUCAGCCCGCUGUGGCUGAGCGGGCCCAGCGCGGGCAGGCCGCUCCGCCGCCGCCGCCAGCCCGCCUGCUGCCUGCCGGUGCCGGCCCUGGGCCUGCUGCUGGUGGCGGAGGCGGGCGGCGGCCUGGCGCUCUGGAAGUUCCGCCUGGGGGGUCGCCGCCUGUCGCCCUGCGGGCCCUCGCUGCAGCCUCAGCCAAGCUCCAAGGCCGCCCUCACGCGCCUGGCCCUGGGGCCCCUGUCUCCCGACGCCGCCCCGCACUGCUUCGCAGCCUACGGCUCGGCCGUGCUCACCUUGGACCUGCAGGCCUGGACCGUCACAGACGUGCGCCAGGAUCUGCACAAAACCACCAUCUCCGACCUGGUGUACUGCGGGGAGAUGGAGGCCAUGGUGACCGCGUCCCGCGACAGCACGGUGAAGGUGUGGGGGGCGGACUGGCAGAUCCGGAUGGUGUUCGUGGGCCACACAGGCCCGGUGACGGCCCUGGCCGUGCUCCCAGGCACGACCCUGGUGCUGUCCGCCUCCCAGGACGGGACGCUCCGCACGUGGGACCUGCAGGCGGUGGCCCAGGUGGGCGAAGUGGUGCUGAACUGCUGGGACCAGGGCGCGCGGCCCGAGAGCGUGCACUGCCUGCUGGCGCCCGCCGGGCCCGGCUGGCCAGUGCUCUCGCUGCGCGCGGGCAGCGUGGAGCUGUGGAGCCUGCGCGAGCUGUACUCGCUGCUGGCGCAGCUGUCCGCGCCCAUCCUGCACCUGCACGUGGCGCCCGAGCUGCCCCUGUCCACGCACCUGCCCGCUCGCCUCGUGUGCGCCUGCGCCGACGGCUCCGUCUACCUGGUGAACCCCAACACCGGGCGCACCGUGACGGCGCUGCUGCUGGGGCCCGAGGACCGCGCCGCCGCCGUGGCCUACUGCCUGCCGCGCGAGGUGCUGUGGCUGCUGACGCGCGCCGGGCACCUGGUGCGCGCCAACACGCUGUGCAGCCCCAUGCGCGUGCUGCUGCGCGUGGGCCCGCGGCCGCACCCCGCGCCCCGGCCCUGCUGCCUGCACCUCUACAGCCACCUCACCGACCCCGGCAGCGCCUUCACCAGCUGGGAGAUGGUGUGCCAACACCGGGGGGAGCUGGGCCGCAAUGUGCAAACCUGGAAGGACAAGAACAGGUACCUGCCCGUGGUGGGCCACACGGAUGGCACCCUGUCGGUGCUCAACUGGCAAACGUCGGAGCGCGCCUUCCACACGGAGGCGCACAGCCCGGGCCCGGUCACCGCCAUUGCCUCCACCUGGAGCAGCAUCGUGUCCUCCGGCGCGGACCUGACGGUGAAGAUCUGGCGCGUGUUCCCCUACUCGGAGGAGAGCCUGAGCCUGCUGCGCACCUUCUCCUGCUGCCACCCCGCGCUGGCGCUGUGCGCGCUCGGCAGGACCCUCAUGGUGGCCUUCGAGGACCCCGACAGCGCCACCUACGGGCUGGUGCACUUUGACCUGCAACACAGCCAGCGCUUCGACCACCGGCCCCAGGACGACCACCUGGACCACAUCACUGGCCUGUGCUGCUGUCCCACGCUCAAGCUGUACGCCUCCUCCAGCCUGGAUUGCACCAUCCGGAUCUGGACCUCGGACAACCACCUGCUGCGCCUCCUGCAGCUGAACGGAGCGCCUCAGGCUCUGACCUUCUCCAGCAACAAUGGGGACCUGGUACUGGCCCUGGGCUCCCGCCUCUGCCUGGUGUCCCACAAGCUCUACCUGCCCACGACCUACCUGGUGAAGAACCUGUGCCAGGAGGCCCCCGACAUGCUGGACGACCCGCCCCUGCCGCUCACGCUGACCAGCCUGCAGUCGCUGACCUCGGUCCGGCUGCAGAGGCCGACCAGCCUCCACCCGGCGAGCAGCUUCUGGACGGCCGGCGAGCCUGCGGAGCCAGCCCGGAGCUGCCCUGGCCCGAGGUCUGGACCCCUGUGCCCCCUCCGGACCCCUCACAUGGCAAGACUCUGGGAAGAAUGGGCUGACCUCUGGCCCCCGCCCCAGGACCUGCAGCCCAUACUUGCCCGGGACAAAGACCUUCAGGAGCUGCGGUGGGGCCGGGUGGUGCCAGCGGCCCGGGCCCCACUCAGCUGGCCGCAGCAGCUGGAGGCCUUCGACAACUACCUGCAUCUGAUCACGGCCCGUCCCUGCUGGUGGGUGGGUGCCCCCCCGGCCCGGCCCGGCCUCCUUCCUGGGCCUGCGACACCACCCCCGCCCGGCCUGCACCCCCAGGGCCUGCGCCCCAGGACAGACUCCCAGCAGUGGACCAGAGCGGCCGCCGUCGAGGACAGGAGCGAGGGUCUGCCCAGUGCCAUCCCGAGUCUGGUGAAGGCGGGGGUCUGCGUUGACUCCCCCAGAACGCUGCCCCCGCGGGACUGGGGGGCCCUGAGCCUGGGCAUCGCCCACCCUCCCCACGGCGUCUCGCCCAUCCCACCCGCCCACAAGCAGGUCCACAGCAGGGCAUCCCAGCUGCUGGCCCGCUCCUCCCUGAGCUCCUACCUGGGCCUCAGCAUGGACCUGCAGCUGCAGUCGGAGCGGCUCCUGGAGGAGAGGCCCCAGGCCCCAAAGCCGCUGUCUCGCCUCCGGAAGGAGAGGGUCCCGCUGCUGGAGGAACGGCGGCCCAAGGAGCUGCUCUCUAACCUCAGGGGCUUCUUUCCUGCUGCUAUCGAGCACCUCAAGAACCUGCCGAGGCCCGUCAACUUCCCAGGCUGGAUCCCCAACUCCGCGGUGCUGCAGCAGCUGUGGCUGCCCCAGGAGGUCAGCGGCCUGGGGGCCCUCCCUCAGCUCGAGGACGGAAGCUCUCAGGGCUCUGCCGCUUGGGGGGAGGGGUGCCACCCGUGCCCGUGGCUAGUGGUGGCGGCCCCUCUGCAGCCAGAGGGCAGCCAGGAGGACCUGUGGCUGCUGCGGGCCAGACGGGUCCUCACCCGGAGCCAGAUCCGGCGGUCGGGCGAGGAGUGGGACGAGGACCUGGACCUGGACUGGAGCUUGGACUGGAGCUUGGACUACCAGCACCCGUCCCCGGAGGGCUCGCCGGAGCGCUCCCCGGAGCUGGCCCCCGAGAAGCCGCCGGCGUCCUGGCUGAACCUCCUCAGGCAGGUGAGAGACGCCGAAGAGGCGCAGCCCUCCGCCGUCACCACGCCCCUGCUCAGGACCGCAGCCCAGAGGUUCCAGGGCCUGAUCCGGAGGCGCGCCCGGGACAGCGUCAGCAGGACCCAGACCUUUCUGCGCCGCCACCGGUACCAGCGCGGGCACUCGCUGUGGGAGCUGCGCUACGGGCACGUGCCCCGGUUCCUGCGCUUCUUCGUCAUCCAGAACUGGUUCAAGAAGCUGUUCCCCCUCUUCACCCUGGAGGCGUACCCCGAGCUGGGCACGGUGGACGGCCUGGCCCAGGGGUUCAUGGACUUGCUGAAGGAGGUCUCCUGGGAGGACCGUGUGCACAUCCUUCGGGCGCUGCAGAGGCUGCUGCCCGACAUGAGCAAAAGCCUCUACAAGAAGCUGCAGGGGAUCAUCAAGUACCUGCUCAACAUGGACCAGCCCCCCAACCUCCAGGAGACCACCCAGAAGCACUUCGUGAUGCUGGCCCUGCAGCUGCAGCUGGCCUGCUCCCUGGAGUCCCGCGAGGUGGUGCUGGAGCUCAUGUCCUACCUGCUCUACUCGCCCGCCUCUUGCCGGGCCGAGCUCCAGAAGCUGCUGGACGGGCUGGGCCUCCAGGACCCGGAGGGCGUCCUCUUCAGGGAGAUGAUGACCUGGGUGCCGGACCUGGACCUGCACUGCAAGGCCAUGCUGCGCCGCUGCUGCUCCGAGAAGCUGGAGGAGAUGAUCCACGUCCUGGAGGUAGAAGACUUGCAGCCGUCGGUGGCCAGGCUGUCGGACGUGCUGCCCAAGGUCUCCGAGACGGCGCUGUCGCAGGUCUCGGAGCCCCUCGCCCACCUCUCCGUGCCGCCCUCGCCCGCCCGCUCCUCCACGCUCUCCGUGUCCUGGACGCCCUCGCAGCUGGUGCUGCGCCGGGGGCAGGGCCCCGCCGCCCCGGAGCCCCAGGCGCGCCCCCGCCGCUCGCGCCGCACGCUCUCCGAGAGCCUGGUGCCCUUCUGCACGGUGCCCGACAUCUACGUGCGCUCCUCCGCGCCCGACGCGCUGCUCGAGCGCCCGCUGCCGCUGGAGCAGACCGAGUGGUCGCGGUCCAAGAUCCUGGACCUGGGGCCCAUCGACGCGCUCAACUUGUUCUGCGAGCUGAAGCGGAGGAGCUACCUGCAGGAGGAGGCCUGGGCCCUGAGGCCGCCCCGAGUGCCGCCCAACGCCGUGGCGCCGCAGCCCCGCCAUCACUUUAAUAUAUUUUUAUUGAUUUCAGAGAGGGAGAGAGAGAAACACCUCAAUGAUGAGAGAGAAUCAUCGAUUGGCUGCCUCCCGUACGCCCCCGAUUGGGCAUCAAGUCUGAAACCCCCAAGGCAUGUCCCUCUUGACCUGAGUCGAACCUGGGUCCCUGCAGCCAGCAGGCCGACGCUCUAUCCACUGAGCAACCCCAGCCAGGGCUCACAGCCACCUUCUCUCCGCCCUAGGCUUGACCCCAUUCUCAGGCUCCAGGAGACCAAGCACGGGAGAUCUAGAAUGAGACUGAGGGGCCAGCUGCUGGCCCGGCACCGGGAGGGCCUCGCCUUCGACGGCUCCAUCCGGACGCUAAAGCUGCCGCUGCCUCGGGUGGAACUGCGGCCGUUCCCCCUGGACUGGCCCCGGCCUGCCCGCCCGCUGCCGCCCCUGCUCCUGCAGCCGCCCCUGAGGCGCUACUUCCUGCCCGACCUCGCAGAUCCGGACUUCUUCGACUGACCCCGUUCCCAGCCCGCCCCUGCCCUCCAGCCGGGGGACAGGACAUAGCUCCCCACGGGGCUGUCCGCCCCUGGCCAAGACGGGGAACUGGAAUAAAAUCCGGACAGAAAACUG